AGAGCACAAAGACGCCACACUGAGUCCGCAUGCCCGUUUGCCUUCUCUCUCUCUCUCUCUCUCUCUCUCUCUCUCUCACGCACAACGCGCGCACUCAGAGACUCGCUAGAGGGAGAAACUUUUGGCCGAGUUGAGAGAGAAACACAGACAUGUCGAACCAUGAACAAGAAGAGGAUGAGGAGGAGCUUCAAAGCUCUGGCAAAAGGCUAAAAUGCACCAAAGCAGAAGAAGAAGAAGAAGAUUAUGAUGAUGAUGAUGAUGGAGAAGAGGAAUUGGAAGAAGAAGGGCAAAGCAAGCUUCCAUUGGAUGCAGGACUCUUCUUCUAUCCAACUACGCCAACGUCUAUCGUCGUUUCCGAUGCUCUCGAGCCCGAUUUUCCCAUCAUUUAUGUCAACAAAGUCUUCGAGAUUUUCACUGGCUACCGCGCUGAUGAGGCCCUCGGUCGAAACUGUCGGUUCUUACAAUAUAGGGAUCCUCGUGCUCAAAGACGGCAUCCAUUAGUUGAUCCUGGUGUUGUUUCUGAAAUUAGAAGAUGUCUUGAGGAAGGUUUUGAAUUCCAAGGUGAGCUUCUCAAUUUUCGAAAGGAUGGUACUCCAUUGGUAAACAGGUUAAGACUUGCACCUAUACAUGAUGAUGAUGGGACUGUCACACACAUAAUUGGUAUUCAAGAGUUUUCAGAAGCAAAAAUAGAUCUGAAUCGUGUAUCUUAUCCAGUUUUCAAAGGGACUUGCCAUCAGCAGUGUGAUCAAUCAGCUAAACUUUCUCACUUGAGUGGACAAUCACCAUUUAAUCAUCAUCAAGAAAUAUGUGGGUUACUUCAAUUAUCUGAUGAAGUAUUGGCUCACAACAUUUUAUCACGCUUGACACCAAGGGAUGUUGCAUCUAUCGGGUCUGUAUGCAGAAGGAUUCGCCAAUUGACAAAAAAUGAGCAUGUGAGGAAGAUGGUAUGCCAAAAUGCAUGGGGAAGAGAAGUCACUGGUGCACUGGAGCUGAUGACUAAGAAGUUAGGUUGGGGACGUCUGGCUAGGGAAUUGACCACUCUUGAGGCUGUGUGCUGGAGGAAAUUGACAGUUGGAGGAGCAGUUGAGCCUUCUCGUUGUAAUUUCAGUGCGUGUGCAGCAGGGAAUAGACUAGUUUUGUUUGGAGGGGAGGGAGUUGAUAUGCAGCCAAUGGAUGAUACAUUUGUUCUUAAUCUUGAUGCUGCAAAUCCAGAGUGGCAGCGGGUGAGUGUAAAAUCAUCUCCACCUGGGCGCUGGGGCCACACUCUCUCCUGCCUCAAUGGUUCGUGGUUGGUGGUAUUUGGAGGAUGUGGAAGGGAAGGGUUGCUCAAUGAUGUUUUUGUUCUGGACUUGGACGCCAAACAGCCAACAUGGAAGGAAGUUUCUGGUGGAGCUCCACCCCUUCCUCGAUCUUGGCAUAGCUCUUGCACAAUAGAAGGUUCCAAACUGGUUGUCUCAGGUGGAUGUACAGAUGCUGGGGUACUUCUGAGUGACACUUACCUGUUGGAUCUCACUACAGAGAAGCCAAUGUGGAGAGAGAUUCCAACUUCUUGGGCUCCUCCAUCUCGAUUAGGACAUUCACUCUCGGUUUAUGGUCGUACAAAAAUUCUAAUGUUUGGUGGCCUUGCCAAGAGUGGACACUUGCGAUUGAGAUCAGGUGAGGCCUACACCAUUGAUUUAGAGGAUGAAGAGCCUCAGUGGAGGCAACUAGAUUGUAAUUCAUUCACUGGCAUCGGCAGCCAAAGUUCAGUGGUUCCUCCUCCAAGACUUGAUCAUGUUGCUGUCACCAUGCCUUGUGGGAGGAUUAUAAUCUUUGGUGGUUCAAUUGCUGGCCUGCAUUCUCCUUCUCAGCCUUUCCUGUUGGAUCCUUCUGAGGAGAAACCAUCAUGGGGGAUUCUCAAUGUUCCUGGCCAGCCACCUAAAUAUGCCUGGGGCCACAGCACAUGUGUGGUUGGAGGAACAAGGGUCCUGGUAUUGGGUGGGCACACUGGGGAGGAAUGGAUACUAAAUGAAUUGUAUGAAUUGUGCUUAGCUAGCAGGCAGGACUGAGAGCCAUAGUUUAACACGAAGCUGGUCACAUGAUGAGCAUACACAGUUUUAGCGCCAACUGCUUCAGCAAGCUUUGCUUUAUGGGCUGUGCCAUUUGAGGUUUUUCUUUAUUUUUUUUUUCUCCCUAAUUGAUCACUUCUUCCUGUAGUGCGACAUGCUUCUCAUGUGAUAUAUAUUUUGUUCAUAGUACUAUGCCUAUGAGGAUUAGGUUUCUCUGUUUAUGUAAACUUUGCACAAUAAAGUAUGAAUUUGUA